AUGGACGUUGCGACUGAGAGUGCGCCGCGAAACAUACCUAUCAACAAGGCUGACGAAAGCAUGGGUGCACGUACGGUUCCAAUCAUCACCACUCCUACGCCGAUGCCAACCAUAAAGAUGUCGGCUCCUUCGCCGUCGGGCGACCCUAUGGAUAUCACGCCAACUAACUCGUCAGCCCCGCAGAGUGCUAGGAAGAGCUCCGAGGGGGAAGGUAGCGAUUCUAAUGAUCGCCAAGGUUCCGCGCUAUCAGGAGAACAGAGCUCGAGUUUCGCUUCAACUACAAUGCCUGCGCCCGCCGCCGCGGCUGUUCACCAGCCGAAGAUAGUGCAGACUGCGUUUAUCCAUAAACUCUACAAUAUGUUAGAAGAUCCCAACAUACAACACUUAAUUAGCUGGUCUAGCUCCGCUGAGAGCUUCGUCAUGUCGCCUUCACAUGAUUUUUCUAAAGUUCUUGCCCAAUAUUUCAAGCACACGAAUAUAUCCUCUUUCGUCCGACAACUUAAUAUGUACGGCUUUCAUAAAGUAAGCGACGUAUUUCACACCGGAUCUCCAGAAACUGCGCUGUGGGAAUUUAAACAUGGCAAUGGGAACUUCAAGAAGGGCGACUUGGUUGGACUGCGUGAGAUCAAGCGACGAGCGUCUCGUCACACGCUAAUCCACCGGGACCACCGAGACUACAAUAACCAGAAGCCAACCCCGUCGCAGCCCGGUACUCCAGCAGAACCCAUGCCACCAAUUCAUGACGGCUCAGACCCGAGGCUUGCGAGCAUCGAGCACUCCUUGUACGAAGUCACGACUAGGCUGCAACGCAGCGAGGAGAAUGCUCAUUACAUGAACGUGAAGCAGCAAGCAAUGUCGGACGCGAUGAAUCGCUUGUUGCAACUAAAUCAAGAAUUAUCUAGAACAGUUCUGAGCCUCGUCCCGCCAGAAAAUCCUGUCCAUAGAGAUGUUCUAGCGCUGCAAGGCGAAAUUCAACGCCAGACCGAAUUCGUCCGAUCCAUCGACGAGCCACAUGAGCCAACCUUCCCGAAUAGCCGCCAGCUCUUUGCGAAUCUUGAAAAUCCCCCUGUAUCUCCCCGGCAGUUAGCUCAGGACGAUCAAAGGAGAAUAGGGGGAUACCCUCAAUCUCGAACGAAUUUUUACCGACCUCCAGUAUCUUCUAAUCUCGCAAUUAGCUCUUCCAAUGUUGCGAUAAGCUCACGUCGAUCACAUGGGUCGAUUAGCGGGAGCACAACCCAGUCAUCGCCUUCUCCCCUCCGAUCUCAAGCACCGCCACCUCCUCCUGGGCCUCAUCCGCUUGCUACCGUUGAACCCCCACCGAGCAGCUUGUCCAGGCGGCACACCUCGGCCGAUAUCCGAGCUGCUGGGUGGCAAGUCAACCCGCCGCCGUACAUCUCUUCUGGCCCGCCUUCGUCUCACUGGCCCUCUUCCCCUAACCGAGGCGCCCAAGACGAGCAACGUAUCCGCGACCCGCCGCCUCAUUACUCACUAUCCCGACCUGCUACCCCACCAGCUCCUUUUUCAAACGGUAGUAUCGGGAAUGGAUUAGAAAGUCUCAAUAACUGGUCCUGGAAUGGAGCCAACCGAGAAAACAAGAACCUCUCAAUCAAAGACAUGUCUGCUCCCCCAACCAGGAGGGGAAGUAUGGCACAUAUUCUUAACCCAACCGAUACAGUAGAACGAGACGACGAGGACGACCCUCGAGGAGACGACGAUCGGAAGCGAAAGCGCAUAUAA